AUGGCUAGACUCUCUGGGCUCCAGCGGGAUGUCUUGUCUCUGUAUCGCCAAUGUCUCCGAGCAAUUCGCACCAAGCCGAUCAUCGGUGCACCCCGGCUGACAGAUCGUAGGGCGGAAUUCCAAAAACACAUUUCGGUGAGCAAGAAGGAUUUCAACACCAUCGAAUAUCUGCUGCGCAAAGGCCACCGCCAGCUAGAGAUGUAUGCUUCCCCGGGAAUUCGCAACAUCCGAUGA